AUGACUAUUCCAACUGUCCCAAUGAGGCGAUACAAGUUUACUCUACCCAAGUCGGUAAACACGCCGGGACCCCUAACAGAACGCGCAAUUCAAGGUUUUGUCACUUAUGUCUCGUCUUGGCUAUUGUUUGGUAAGCAGCUGUCUACCAAAGUGUUAUUCAGUGCCAUGAGACCAUGUACAUUUCUGUUUCUUGAUCCUGCAGGGAUUUAUCUGAUUUGGGCCUACGUACCGCAUCGGUACUUACACAACAUCGGAAUAACUUACCUCCCUUCGAGGUGGUGGGCUAUAGUAAUUCCAUGGGGCCUUCUAGUGGUGUUGUUCGGUGGUGUCGGCAUCUACCUGUGGAUGAAUAGGCAUCUCGUCCAUCCUCUCUCAUCCAUCAACCUCGUCUGUGGUAGGUCCACCAGAUAA